GCGAUCUGAGUGGAGCGUCAUGUGUGGAGGGGGUUGAAGCCUAACCUGCUCCUGUCUCCUUUCUGUCAGCCGAUUUCUGUGCAAGACGAAACAAAACGACCAAAAAAAAAACAAAAACUUGUUUCGCUCUCUGCUUCUGCGCUUCUUCCUCCUUUCUCGGCACAGCUAUGACCUGCUGCUCUGUUUAUGACUCUUUUUUUUUUUAACAUAAACUCCUUUUCUUCCUUUCCCUGUGUUUUUCCUUUCUUCAUGUCUUGCAGAAACCAAAUGGGGAAUCUGUUAAAAGUGCUCACUUGCACAGAGCUUGAACAGGGACCAAACUUUUUCCUUGACUUUGAAAAUGCACAGCCGACAGAAGGUGAGCGUAAGGUGUGGAACCAGGUGAACUCGGUCCUGCAGGACUCUGAGAGCAUCCUGACCGGGCUGCAGGCGUACAAAGGGGCGGGGCUGGAGAUCAGAGAUGCGAUCCAGAAUCCCAAUGACAUGUCGCUGCAGGAGCGAGCCUGGAACUCCGUCUGCCCGCUGGUCAUCAAACUCAAGACGUUCUACAGUUUCUCUCUCCGACUAGAGGAAGCUUUGAAGAGUUUGCUGAAGUCGCUUACUUGCCCGCCCCUCACUCCCACUCAGCAUCUGGAGAGGGAGCAGGCGCUGGCCAAACAGUUCGCCGAGAUCCUCCACUUCACUCUGCGCUUUGACGAGCUCAAGAUGAGGAUUCCUGCCAUCCAGAACGACUUCAGCUACUACAGGAGGACCAUCAGUCGGAACCGGAUAAACAACAUGAAUUUGGACAUUGAAAAUGAAGUUAACAAUGAGAUGGCCAACCGGAUGUCUCUGUUCUACGCUGAGGCCACGCCCAUGCUGAAAACACUGAGCACCGCGACGACAAACUUUGUGUCGGAGAACAAAACUCUUCCACUGGAGAACACGACAGAUUGCCUCAGCACCAUGGCCAGUGUGUGUAAGGUCAUGCUGGAGACGCCGGAAUAUUCGAGUCGCUUCAGCAGCAAGGACACACUCUUGUUUUGCAUGAGGGUGAUGGUGGGAGUGAUCAUCCUUUACGACCACGUCCACCCAAACGGCGCUUUCACCAAGUCCUCCAAGAUAGAUAUGAAAGGCUGCAUAAAGGUGCUGAAGGACCAGCCAGUCGACAACGUCGAAGGACUCUUGAACGCUCUCAAAUUCACCACCAAACACCUGCACGACGAGUCCACUCCAAAAAACAUCCAGUCGAUGCUCCAGUAACAUUUUCUUUUUCUUUUUAUAAAUGUUGAUAUGAAGAGGAUCAUUCUGCUGACCUCAGACAAGAUGUAAAUGUUUACAUUAUUUUAAAAAAAUUGGUUUGUUGUUCAUACUUGUGUGUAUUGUGCAAAAAUCCUGCACUCCGGUUUAUUUUAGUCCUGCAGAUUUGAUUACUUUCUACUUUCCCACCAUAAAAAAAAAAAGAAAAACAAAAAAUUUAAUGUCGAGCUUCAGAUGAGAUUCUCCUGAUGCAGAAUAAAUAUUCGUUUUUGGGAUACCGACUUGAGAAAAUCCGUCUUCGGUUCACCUUUGCACCACGGUGUGAGAUUUCCGAGAAAUGCAUUAAAGUCUCAGAAGUCAAACGGACUUCAUCUCUGUUGGGAUGAAGAAUUGAUGAAAGGUGCGCUGUUGAAAGUGAUUAUAAAUGAUCCAAUCAAAUGUUUCCUUGAGCUGAUUUUAAAAGCUACAUGCUGUGCCAUGUUUUUGGGUAAAUUUCAUCGUAACUGUGCUCCCCGUUUUAAGUGGCAGCACUGGUUCAAAUCUUUAAAGGCUUAAAAUAAAUUCAUCUUUUAUCGCAGCAGCAUGAUCUCGCAUUGGAAAUACUUGAAAGCUCAAUCAUUUUUAAUUUAUCCUCUGGCAAAACCACCCAUUUAGCAUAAAUAACCGUAAUUUAUUUAAAUUCAAAUUUCAGUUUUAUUGUAGUUUAUUUUGGAAAUAAUAAACUACACCAAAUUCAACAAAAUGGACACUAAUUUUGUUGUGAAUUUGAUACACUUGUGUAACUGAUCAAGACCUGCAAAGAAAAAAAUCUUGCAGCCACUUAUUGUGUAACAAUUUUUUGAUUUAAGACGAUGCAACUGGAAUAAAAGAUGCAUUUCUACACGUUUUUACCGCGUGGGCCAGUAUUUUUAUGGUAAUCGUUCUUUUAACAGAAAGACCAAAAAUAUUUAAUUCUAAAUAAAUUAUAAUUAGUAACAAAAGUCGGAAAUUUUAAAUUACAUAGAAAAAUAAAAGAAACUCGUUCUCCGAAGUGCCCAGUUUUUUGUUGUUUUGUUUUUUUACAUUUAAUUUUAAAUGUGACUGUUGACAUUGUGCUACUCCUUGAUAAAUCAAACUAUGGAGGUGAAGUGAAACAGGCCACCGGCACUGAACAGAUCCUCCAGCUGCCUCACCUGGUUGUGUCCGUGUGUGUGUGUCCGUGUGUGUGUGUGUGUGUGUGUGUGUGUGUGUGUGUGUGUGUGUGUGUGUGUGUUUGGGUGCUUACCUUACACUGCUCUCAAACUAGGUUGGACAAUCUGUGACUGUUAAACUGUGGUUCUUUUUUACUAUACUACUCUGAAGACCAAUGACAGAUGGGGAGAGAAAGAGAGAAUGUGUAUUAAUGGACAUCAAUGUAUAGAGAAGUCGUGUAAAACUUUUUUUUUUUUUUUUUUUACCAUAAUCUGGAUCUCACGAUGGAAAUGCCAGAAGGCUGUCUUGAUGCCCUGCAUUGCCUUAAAUAAGCUGACGAAGCAUGGAAAAACCUGUUUCAGUUGUGCUGAAUCCAUAAAGCCAUACAUUUAACCCUCCUGGGGUGUUAGAACGGGUUAUCCCGUCAGACCGUCAGUUUCCAAAGCCACACCAGAAACCCCCCACCGUAAAAACACACGCGGGUUCAAUGUGGACCAGACCGUGGGAGGGUUAAAACGGGCCGCAGCCACUCCUGUCCCUCCAUUAACACUUCAGACUAACAUCACUUUAACAUCCUGUUGUAUUUUGACAUGCAUCCAAUCAUGGGUGCGAGCCAUAUUUUUGACACAAUGAGAUUUCGGUGUCAUAUAAGUCUCAUUUCUGACUGAAGAGACCCGCCACGUCUUCUGUCAAGGACCUUCUGCAGUCCCAACUGCUUGCCGAAUGAAAGACUUUAUUUUAAUUAUUAAUCUUUCUGUUUUUGUCUUCAACUGACAGUUAUUGUUCAAUAUUGUUCAGAUUUCUGCUCACUGUUUAUGGAAGUUGCCUCAGCUGUGUUCUUGCAUACUGGAUGGGAGGUUUGAAUUGGAUAAUAAAGGUGGUACAUUUCUUAAA